GCACCGACGAAGCCUAGCUGCGAAGCGGAGUACGUGUGCGUAACACAGACUCACCACCAACAUCUCGCUGGCGUACGCACGCGCACGUUUCAGGACACGGCGAAGGGCGCCUUCCCGUUAGCAUUAGAUCACUGUUUCUUUUUGUUCCCCCCUUUUUCCUUUACAUACUUGUACUUUCUCCUUUGUUUUGACGCUGUCCUUCUUUUUUUCCUCCUUGAGUACCUGCAUGUUUCACCCUUGUGCUUCUUCUCCAUUUACAGUUGUAUGUAUCUCUGUUCCGAUAUUAUCCUAUCUUACUCGAAUAGCUGAUCGAAACACAUUGCGGGCACUAUUCUCCUUUUUUUUUUGGUAUUGAUUUCUCGGUGACAGCACGAACGCGCGUGCCGGCUUGUGGGCUUACAGUUCUUCUUCUGUUUCCCUUCCCCCCCUCCGUUCUCGCUCACCCCGUUUCUUCACCUUCAGUUCCUGGUACUUUUGCACCAGCACUUCAAGCAAGCCAAUUGUGAGUCGUUUCCGGAAAACGACAGAGGUAGCUCUUUGUUCCUCGUAUAUUCUAUUUUAGUUUUUGUCUUGGUUAUUGUCUUUCAUCUUUUCGUUUUUUUAUGAGGGGCAGCCGUAGCUAGCUGAGCUCGUCGUUGCGGUGCACCGCAGUUUCGAAGUCGAAAUCUCUUUUUGUAGUACUCCACCAACUCGUAUUUUCUUUCAUCGUUUGUUGAUUGAUCUGUAUAUAAGGAUUUAGGCAAACUCCUUUGGAGUUUUUUUUUCUUUCAUUAUUUUUAUAGGCCUUCAUUUCUGGAGCUGCUUUACCGUGACUUAAGGACAGAAGAAAUUCAAGUCGUCGAGUAAAGAAACGCUGAAAGAGGAGAAAAAAAACACCUCGGCCUACCCCCCCCCCCUACGCACCAAGUUGGACGUUCAACACCUGCAUCUGCACACUACCCCGUUUUCUAUCGGUAGUGAACGCAUCUGCCGUGAAUUUCUACUUCUUCAUUAGCUCGGAUACUUCCCCCCUCUUUUUGUUUGCUGAUCGGUUAGUUGUCCUUCUUCUGUGCUUUUUUCUGCACCGCUGGCGGUAAUAAGCGUCGGUUCUUUUUUCUUUUUCUUGUGUUGUCGUCGUUCCUCGUGAAGUCCAUAUAUAUAAAUAUCCAAUUGCUGCUCCUUUUGUAUUUUGUACUCGCUGCUGUCUUCUCCUGUUGAAAGUAACCCGUUCGAUUGUCCCUUGCUCGCAAUCGAAAGACAUUAACAAAGUGCGUUCAAACGAGAGAGAAAAAGCGACGGUGGUGAGUUUUCUUUUCUUUUCUUUACAGAUAGAUAGUCAUCUGCCCUUUUUCUCCUUGUGUCUUGUUCGCUGAGUAGCUAAGGGGGCACUGCGGUUUGCAGUAUCGUCUUUCUUGUUCCUUAUCCCACUCUUGUAGUGAAGCAGUCGAGAUGCCUGGGAGACUCGGAAAGCGUCGCGGGUCUGUUCACGGACAACAUAAUGAGAACGUGACACCUCACCUCACCUUAGCGCCCAUCGAAGUUGCCGUCGGCGGCGACGACCCGGCCAGGUCGAGUCUCAGCAAGAACUACAGCAUCUUUUCCAUCGGUACCGACGCGCCAGAGACGCCAACCCUCCGGGGCGGCGCUGCGGUGGAUCACACCUCGCUCUCUCGCAGUUCCGGUGUGACGGCGCUGCUGCGGCCUACCAGCGAGGUACCAGCCGCGGUGGCGGCCGGACUCCUGCUCCAGCCGCUGUCGUUGUCUUCGAAUGCCAGUCCGCGACUCACACACAGCAGCCUGACACACUCUGACUGGGCCUCCUACGUCGAGUUUACCGGCGUACCGGAGGCGGGUGGGCUGCGUGAUGUCAAUGAAGGCGCGGCGCAGCAAAACGCGUCCUCGCUGCCGGUGCUGACCACCAUUUCAUUUCCGGCCGCACGGAAUGCGUCCCGCUCCGUUGGCGGCGGCUCUGCGUCUCCGCCUGCAGUGAGCGCCGCCGCCGCCGCCGCCACCCCCAUCCCCACAGGCGACGCCCCGCCCGCAGGCGCGUCCACGACGACGAUGCACGGGAUGAGCGCCACCUCGCCGAACUCCUGCAGCCCAAGCCGCUCCAUGACGCUGUUGGAGCGUCGCAACAAUCGGGAACGCAGCAUGAUCAGCCUCUCCUGCCCGUCCGGACUGAACGUGGAGACGCUGCAGGCGAGCAUGCAGGACACCGGCAUGGCCGCCGUGGAGGCGCAGGAGACGACGUCGCUGCUCACGCACGGCUGGUCCAAGACGGUUGCGUCUGCGGCGUUGCUCGGUGACUUCGAGGUGCCACGCACCAGGUCCACGUCGGACGCGGUAGAGAAGAGCAGCACCGAUCGCAGUGAUGGUGGAUCGAGUGCGACGCCGCACCUAUUCCCCGACCAGCAGGCGCCUCUCGCCUCGCCUGCAUUUCGCCGUGUCGGCACCGCUGCGUAUCGACGUGCCGGUCCUGCACUCCCGCUUAACGCGGCGUAUGCCGAAAGCGCUCCUUCGGCAAGUCCAAUAACACCGGCUGCACAGGGGUGGGCAUUUGCGGAAGCGGCGAGCAAGACGCUGGACGCCAUUCCCGGUGCGAUCAAGGUGGCGAGCUACAACAUCCUCGCCAGCCGUCUGGCGUCGACAGACCUGUACCCACAUUGCCCUCCAUCGGUGCUCAGUGAGGACUACCGCAUCAACCGCGUCAAGGAGGAGCUGAGGCAGGUGGACCCCGAUAUCCUGCUCGUGGAAGAGAUCAGCGUCAGCGUUCACGAAGAGUUAUUGGGCCCUUACUUGAAGUCUGCACUCGGGCUGGAGGGCAACCACGCGGUCAUCACGGACCGCAACGGGCAGCCGCGCUGCUCAACGCGGCUGCCCACCGCAACGUCCGCCACGCCAUCGCAGAAGGGACCGUCCAGCACCCGCAAAAAGGUGGACGGCUUCAACCUCGCGGUCCUCCGCGGCACGGGCGGCGUGGCGAACACGCCGGUGACGCCGGCGUCUCCGUCGUACGCGGCUCGUGCGGCCGGCGACCCCCACGCCGUAGCGGCGGGUGGAGAGGGCAAGGGUAACUCCUCCCUCCCGCCUCUGGUCGGCACCGGCUCCAGCGCGACUCGCUCGCAGCCGCAGUGCGGUAACGGCUCUCUCUCUGGCGCGCCCGCCAUAGGCGGCAAAAGCUCCCGAUCCCCGCUGCGCAGUCGCGCACCCCCCUCGCUUUCUUCCUUGGGGGCGACUUUCACCACGUCGGACACGACGAACUCGACUCCUCCGCCGUCCUCGCAUGGUGAUCGGCUGCAGGGGAGUAACAGCGCACUGGAGCUCAAAUCGAUCGCCGCAGGUGUGACAGCUGCGGCGCCAUCCGAUGGCACACGGCGGAGUCCGCGCAAGAGGCCGGUCUCUGAUCCGCUGCCGUCCCCAUCGCUCCCGGCUGCGCCAGACGUAUCAGCCGCGAACGGCGGUGCGGAAAGCCACCGCCGUGUUGAGAUGGACGGGGUGGCUGUCUAUUACAAAGCAAACCGCUUUCGUGUGUUGGAGGUGGUGCCGGUGUACUUCAACGCCAUUGCGGCCGCCGAGGGGCGUCUGACGCCCUACGAGCACCAAAAGCUGCAGGUGAACUCGCACAACGUGGCCCUCCUCACCGUCCUGCUCGACACACAGGCCCCAGGACUGCAGCACGUGUACAUCAUCGCGGCGGUGCACUUCAUCUGGCAGCGCACCAACGCGCAGCUGUGGCAGGCGCAUCAGCUGAUGUGUGCCCUGGAGGAGCUGCGGAGCCGCUACAGCAGAGUCGAGGCGGACCUCGCCACGGCCGCCGCGCCGCGCCACUCGCUUCGUGUGGACAACCUGCCCACGCAGCCGCCUAGCCUGGCGGAGACCCCGCUGUGCCACGAGAUUGGGGCGCGGAACGGUGUGCGGAGAGAGCUUCCGAAGCCGGCGUCGCCGAGGCGGCGGCACAGCGUGCCAUCGGGGAUCGCGACGGGCCCGCCCGACACCACCGCCGAGAGCAUCAGGACGGCGACCGCGGCGGACGGCGGCAACGUCCACAACGCCACCGCGUCGCUGGGGACCGCCGACCGCCCGCCAUGGCGCCGUGAGAGCGUGGUGUCGGCGUCGACCACCAUGGGCGGGGUGCUGGUGACCUGUGUGAUCGGUGGCGACUUCAACUCCGACCGCAAUGGGCCCGUGAUGGAGUACCUGCGCACCGGUUGUGUGCCGGAGGGCGUGCAGGUGAUGGACUACUGGAAGGCCGCGACACCACUUGCGUCCCCCCUUUGUGAAACAGCGAAUGCGAUGGAGGAGAAACGAGUAGACACGGUGCGGAACAGCAUCGGUGAGGAAGAGAGGAGUGCCGAAGAGAAGCAACCCGCGCCACUGCCGCUGCCGCCGGCGCUGCGGAGCAUCGUUGCUCACACCCCGCCCGAACGUCCUCAAACCGUAUGUAUGCCGAGGCUGGACGUCAGCACGCUGCCCCACCCGAACUCCUCCAGUUCUUCGUCCUUUGGUUCGCCACCGUCGCCGGUGCAGCCGUCCAUGCAACCUCGGCGACAAACUCAGUCCCCGCUGGGCACCUUCGACGACGACACCCCGCUGCUGGCGGAAGCGGCAGCGGACGCCGUUGCGUUGCAGCCCUCGACCCCGCCGCGGCACCGCCAGUCGCAACCGUUCCCCAGUCGAACCCGCGACUUGGUCUCUGCACUGGUGGACAGCGCUGCCAGCACCCCCGAGAGCGAGGCCGCUGCCGUGCCAAACGACGCGCCGGUCCACGUGGUGAGUGCGGCGCCGGCGGUGUCCCCGCGCUCCACAGCGGAGAGUCCGCAUCGGGUGCCCAGCCUGAGCCACUUCCGCUUCGGCCGCACUUCGCCCUCGCCCAUCACGUCGCCGGACUCUGACAGCAUGGCGGAGGUGGCGGAGCACAGUUCCGUUGCCCCGCCGGUGCGUGCCACGACGGCGAGCGUGUCCCCCGCUCGCACGCGCUGCCGCAGCCACGACAGCCAGUCCUCCCUGUCGCACAGUAGUCGUCGGCACAAGGCGUACCGGUCGAGUUCGCGGACGAACAACGAGAACCCGCUGAUCGGCUCCGCAGGGUCGACAUCGCUUUACUCGCGCCGGCGAGCGUCCGUUGAGGCGCCGCGGUCGGCGGGGAGCAGCGCGUUGAUGGACUUCGCACCCGGCAACAAGUCCGCUUCGUGCAGUCACAGCGUGAGCGAGUACGAAAGCGUUCUGAGCAAUCCGUUUGGCACUGGAGGGUGCUCGAUGAGGCUUCCGCAGCAUGUCCACAACGACACCCCGAGUGCGGAGUCUAGCGUGACGUGGUGGAUGUCGGAGGAAGGGCAGGGACCGGGGCAGCAGCAGAAGCCGCUCCCGCCGACGCCGGUGCGACGCCGCAGUUACACGCCGGGGCGACUGCAAAGGUUAACGCCGACUCUUCUCAGCCCGUCGCCCAACUCCUCCGUUGAAAUCAGCACCCUCGCCACGCCAGGGAAGGCAGACCCUCCCGCGAAGCAGCACACCGUCUCCUCCCCUGCCAACGGCAGCAGCGGCGAUAGCUGGGGCAUCUUCGGCUCCCUCAUUCACCCCCAGCUCUCCCAGAUGGACAACUGCGAGGCCCCACCGGCACCGAGAGCCGGCGCAAAACGCCGCCCUGCCAACCACAACGCCACACACACGGUCUCUGGGGCCUCGACAAACGGGACGUGCGCCGACGGCCCACCGGCAUCUCCGCAGGCGCCGCGACAGCACCGGAUCGAUGCCGAGGGCGGCGCCGGCACCAUGCGGACCACCACCACCACCUCCGCGACGAACUCCGUGGAACGGUACUUUUCACCGGUGGAGAAGGGGCCCUUGUCGCCGUCGUCGUCGUCAGACUCCGUCUCCUCACACGAGAUGCCGUGGCCGGCGGCGCUCGGGGAGGCGGCGCCGUUCAAGCCGGCCCUAGGACUUAUUGACGACGUCGACCACGCCCUCCGCCUCAGCGACGCCUACGCGCCGUAUUGCCACCGUCACCCAUCUCGCGUGUCCGCGGUGAACCCGUCGACAAACGCGGAGGGGAAGGUGCUGGAUCACAUCUUGUAUGAGGAUGAACACGUGGUGUGUGGGGCGGUGCUCCGACUUGGGGUGCGGCAGGAGUUGCCGAAUGCGCGUGUGCCGAGUGACCACUACAUGAUCGGGGCUGUGCUGGUGCCCAUUCAAGAGCUCCAUCACUCAUAA